AUAGGUGAAUAUAUAGAAAAGAAAUUAAAUUCCUGAUUUCAUGUCAGGAUACGGUAAAAUUAUGUGAAGAUAUAUCUCAAUGCACCAAAAUGCUUCCAACGGUAUGAAUGCCAUUUUCUCAUAGGCAACGAAUAUGCAGCGACCCCCCACUUGACAAAACCAUUCGUUAACGAAUUGCGAAAAGGAACAUUUCUCUAGUUUUUCUCGAAGAAAAUGCUCGAUAUCUUGCUCUAAAACGAUUCGAUAAGGAUUCAUUCGUCGCUCUGUUACUGCCAGGAGAAUAUUCGAUAUCGAAGUAUUGUUGGCGAAUCGUUUACGAAUGCUUUCCCGUACAUAUUAUCGUUCGCUUUCCAACUCGCUAACGAUUCGCUAACAAUGUCGUCAGCGAUUCGAAAAAGUAUCGAUAUCGGACAUUCUUUUUCGAUAGUUUGUAGCAUUGUUCCAUUCCCAUUUUGUUUCCCACUGUCUCAUUAAUGAAAAUCAAAAAUUUGGCGUAAUUUAAAAUUUAUUUUAUUCAUUUGGUGUUGUUAUGAUUAUAUAUAAAAUUAUUGAUUUCUUAAAAUAUAGAUACAUUGAAAUUUAAUUUCUAUUAUCCAUUUCUACACCCACAAAACAAUUUAUGUUGAUCGAGGUGUAUUUUCAUCUAGCUUUGUCUUUUUGGUUUUUGAUUUUUUGAUGAUUUUCCGAGGUUUCUUGCUGGCGUUUAUUCUCAAGAUAAAGCAGUCGUGGCUGAUACCCAUAAUACUACGCGCGCUCCAUAGCUACAAACAAAGGAGAGAUAACAGGCAAGGAGUAAGUUAUGCGGCCAUUGUAUUUGGUUCUUUUGAUCCUGGUGAUCGGGGCCGCCCUGAUCGAGGCUCAACAGCAAAACCGUAGGAAGAAUGGUGGUGGUGGCGGUGGAAAGCAGCAGCACCAGCAGCAACAAAAUAAUAAAAGGAAGCCCAUGGGCAAGCCAAAUGGCAACAGGAAUAAUAAUAGGAAUAACAAUAGGAAUAAAAAUGGCAAUAAAAUGAACAAAGAAAAACCGACUGCCAAGAAAACCUUGGUAAACCACAUCAUUCCUGGUUUGGGGGCUGUGAGAGGCCGCGUAGUCAAGUCCGAGUGGACGGGGCAAACCAUCAUACAGUUCUUUGAUAUUCCAUAUGCCCAGGGGGCCAGUGGUGCCAUGAGAUUUAAGCCAGCAUCGCCUGUGGCUCCUUGGACGGGCACCAUGAAGACCGAAAGACCCUUCGGAGGGUGUCCUUCCAUACAGGACGAUAAGGACUAUGAUGCCUUGAAGGCCAGGAAUAUUGAGGCCGAGGAUUGUCUGAGUGUAACAAUCAGCACCAAAUCGUUCUCUUCCAGUUCGCCGGUUAUGGUGUACAUCCAUGGUGAUAACUUGUACGAUGGCAGUGUUCUGGACAGCCCACCUGGCUAUCUCUUGGAAGAGGAUAUCGUUUUGGUUUUGGUGCGUUAUCGCUUGGGUCCUUUCGGUUUCCUGUCGACCAUGACCGACGAUAUACCUGGCAAUGCUGGUGUCACAGAUGUCAUCUUAGCCCUGAAAUGGGUGCAAAAUAAUAUUGCCUCCUUUGGAGGAGAUCCAAACAAGGUGACACUGUUUGGCCAAUCAGGUGGUGCUGCUAUGGUCAACAUAUUGACCAUGAGUCCUGCGGUGUCCGAUGGUCUCUUCCAUCGUGUAAUCUAUCAGUCAGGUUCGGCUUUGUCGCCUGCUUUCAUAACUGAUAAUCCGCUGCCAGCGGCAAAGGAUAUUGGCAAAUAUGCCGGUUGCAAGAAUGUCAAUAAGGUGGAGUCCCUCAACAAAUGUUUGCGCAAAUUGAAUACCACCGAAUUGUUGGAUGCCUUCAGCAAGCAUGGAGCUUCGAAAAUCGGCCAGGGUGUGGGUUCCACGGGAGCAGCACAAUUUGUGGUGGGAGGACCUUCGGAUAUCUUGCCUCAAUUCCCUGCCAAACUUUUGACCUCGGGCAAUUUCAAGGCUUAUCCCACCAUGGGUGGUACGCCCAAAAAUGCCGGUACCCUACCAUUGAAAGACAUCUAUAUUGACAGCUUCAAUGAGACCAUCCCCGAUGACCAAAUGAAUGCCACCGACUAUGUUAAGCAAAUCAUUGUGGAGACGAAUGGUCCUGAUCGUAGUGGAGCCUGGAUGAAAUUCGCCAAAGAGGAAAUCUUCACCGAAGAACAAAUGAAGAAUGGCAGCUUCCGUUGUUUGACUCCCGGUUUAAUAGAUUUGUGCGGCACAAUUGCCUACAAAAAUCCUGUGCUGCUGGCCAUGCAGGGAAAUGCCGGCAAAAUGCCCAAUAACACUUACCUGUAUUCCUUUGACUAUGAGGGUGAAUUUAAUCGUUAUGGCACCUUUGAGGACCAAGGAGACAUGCCCUUCGAAUUGGGUGUAUCCCUUACCGAUGAAAAUCUCUACUUGUUCCCCUGGCCCCGCUACUCGAUGGUCAACACCAACCGUGAUAUGAAAGUGGCUGCGCGCAUGGUCAAACUGUGGGCAUCAUUUGCUGCUACUGGCAAACCCACUGCCCCCAAUAUGCCUGAGUGGCCGGCAAUGACGGGCAGUGCGGGCCCAUAUUUGAAAAUUGGCAAGACCGUCUCCGUGGGUGACAACUACAUCGAUGAAUUUACUGCCGCAGUCCAGGAAGCCGAUAUGGGCUAUAGUCUGGUCAACGAUGACUAUUUCGAUGUUUUAAUGGAAGACACUGAGGAGGACGAUAACUCCAAGGAGAAGGAGGAAGAGGAAGAAGACAAUGACAAUGAUUCACCUGGUGAAGCUCGCGGUGGAAAUAUUGUACUAAUCGCCCAUAGGAAUAAAUAUUAAGGUGGUUUUUCAACACAUCUGAUGCAUAGGUAAUGGAAGCAUUCUGAUCUUUUGAAAAAAGAAAAAUAAAAAACAUUG